AUGGGCAAUUCGUCGUCUUCCUCAUCAAAUCCCUCCGAAGAGGCCAAGGACAAGAAGACGCUGUAUGAGCGCUUCCAAGCCGGCAAAAAGAGUGUACCACUCAGCGAUGAAGAUAUACUAAAGUAUACGGGCAAGACUCGUGAUGAGCUCGGCACUUGGGCUGAUACUCAACCCGGCGUCGGAAAGAAUCAACUCGCGGGUAGCGCAACAGCUGGGCCGAUUUCUGGACUUGGAGGAGUUGCCAUGGCCGACGGCCUUGGAGGCUGGGGACCGAGUGCACAUCCGAAUGAUAAGAACAGAGGGAUGAAGUUCCCUCCUACGAGGGAGAAUGAGGCCAAGGACAUUACAGAGGUGGCAGAGGUGGUGGAGGAUAAGAAGUGA